CAGUGUGGCAACAAUGAUUAUCGGAUUAAUACGCUUGUGAAUAACUUUACAGUAAUAUCAAAAUAACUUACCGGAAUCUUUGUUUACUAGUGUGCAAUCAUAUGACAUGUGUUUUUGUUUUAGCGAAAUCUGGCGACGAAACCCAGCAAACGACAUGUUGCGACUACCGUGUGCACUACUUUUAUCAGCGCGGAGUCUGUAAAAUGAGUGGUUAGGUUCCAUUUCCUGUGUCUUGUCGGGUUAUUCUAUUUUUUGAUUUUAUUGGAUUGUAGCCCUGAAAACACGAAAAUCUCAUGAAGAUGAGAAGAAGAAGAUGACAGAAGAAACACUGAAAGAUGGCGACUACCUUGUGCACGUACAGGCACAGGUGAUGACCCGAGAUGACUCCACUGGGGGAUGGGUGCCGAUGGGAGGCGGUGGUCUUAGCAACGUCGGGUUACGCAAGUUGGCCAAGCUCAACGGUGGAGGAGACCUCAAUAGCGAAUACAUUAUUUACGGCCAGCGGAUCGCAGACAGAACCAUUGUUCUGGACUGUUCGUUAAAGAAGGACAUAGAAUACACAAAGGCAAAUCCAAAGUUCCACCACUGGAAAACGGACGAGAAGCGGUUUGGCCUGACGUUUGAGAGGUCCGAUGAUGCUAAGGCCUUCGACAAGGGAGUCAGCAAAGCUGUGGCUGACCUUAAACAAGGUCUGGUGGGUGUGUCCAGUUCUCUCGAGGGAGAUGAAGGUGUUUUUCAGAUGGUUGAACUUCCUCUGAUGUGCAAGGACAACUCGUCGCAGUCUGCGAGCACGACCUCCACCACCACGAGCAGCCCCUCCCCCAACUCCCCGGUGAACAGUGUGCCGGGGCUGCCCGAUGCCUUCCAGUUCUCCCACCCACAUGCCAAUCAUCAUCACCUGCAUCGCAUCCACUACAUCUCCGCACCGCAGCGGCACCACCACAAGCCGGCCUCAUCCCCACCCAGCGAGAAGAGUAGCUCGCCGAAAUCGGACAGCUUCGAGAGCAGCUCGGGCCAGGACGACGUGUCAAUCCGGCCUGACGAGCCGACGUCGCUAAGCGGCAAAUCCGACACGGCCUUGCUCGACUCGGACAGCGUGGAGCCUUACAAGGAGGACUCGUAUGUGACUUUCUCCAAGAGCAAGCCAGGCGCGCCGCAUGAGUACAGCUACCCGAACCUGGAGCCUGUCGCGCAGAAGCCGCCGACGAAGCGCGAGGUGAGCACCAAGCGGCAGCAGGCAGUCGCCAUUCAGAACCCACCGCUGCCGCUGAAACCGAACAAGGGCCGCAAGGGCCGGCACAAAACGGACCACCAGUCGGGCCGCCUCCUCAACCAGCGGUCGCGCUGCAAGCACUGCAACGAGGUGUUCUCGCGCGCCGACAACCAGCGCGGCAGCUGCGAGGAUGCGCCCGACGACGUGCAGAAGCUGAUCGAGUGUGUGACGUGCGUGUGGUGCUCCAAGUGUCUCAUCUACCACUGUAUGUCAGAUGCCGACGGCGAGUACAGACACCCGUGCGUGUGUGACGCCAGCGAUGAUUCCAAUUGUAAAAAGUGGACGGCUUUGACGAUUCUAUCAUUCUUCAUCCCGUGUCUAUGGUGCUAUUGGCCUUUAACUGCGUGCCACCGGUGCGGUGUCUCCUGUGGCUGUUGUGGAGGGCGCCACGUGUCGGUGUGACCCCCCA